AUGCCCAUCCUUAAGGACCCCUACAAGGACAAGAUGGCCAACGGAGACGCCGGGGGCCGCAGCGGGGCGCUGAUCCUGGAGAGGGAGGGCCAGGGCACCAACCCCUUCGAGGAAGACCUGGAGGAGAACGAGCAGGACUCCUUCCUCGGGAACGCCUCCCCCGGCGGCGGCAGGAACCCGUCCCCGGAGGCUGGGCAGGGGGACUUCAGGGGGGGGCUCUUCAACGGCAGCCCCGAGGGGCGCUACAGGCGCCGGGCGACCCUGGAGAAGCUGGUGGGGCUGUCCCCGUUCCGCCUGGGCAAGUGGGGCGGCGAGAAGAAGUCCCCGAGCGGCGAGAAGGGCUCCGACCGGAAGUCCUUCCUGGGGCGCAUGAUGAUCCCGCUGACGGACGGCAACCAGAGCCAGAGGACCCCCGAAAAGAGGAAGCCACGCCGCUGCUCGGAGGACUUCAGCCUGCUGCAGCGCUUCAACAGCCGCCGCAAGGAGAGCCUCUGCAGCCUCGACUGCGGCCUGGCCGAGAAGGAGAACAGCGGGGCCGACUCUGCCAAGCGCGGGCCCUUCCUCAAGAUCGGCCUGGGGGCCAGGGUCCGCCGGGCCUCGCUGGUGGAGAAGCUCAACCAGGUGGAGGCCGCCGAGCCGGGGCCCGGGCCCGGGCCGCAGGAGCCCGAAGGGAAGGCCAAGGAGCCCCUCUCAGUCCUGGAAAUUCUGAACCUGAUCCAGAAGAGGGACCUGCUGGUGGCCGACAAGCACAUCAUCGAGCUGGAGGAGGAGUGCGGGCAGGGCGGGCAGCGCAGCCCGGGCAGCGGCGCGCUGUGCAAGGACGGCAGCCGGAAGGCCAAGGACGUGGCGCUGCUGUACGAGGCGCUGCAGCAGGAGCUGUGGGCGGUGCUGGCCGAGGCCCUGGCGGCCGGGGGGGGGGCUGCCGCCCUGGCGCUGAUGGUGCGCGUGAUCGAGCAGGAGGAGGGCACGGACCGCCGGUGGCUGGAGGCCCGGGGCGGGGCGGGGGCGGGGGGGCGCUCCGGCCCCCGGCCCCGGGCCAUGCGGCAGCGCUGGGCCGAGGCAGUGGGCGCGCUGGUCGAGCAGAGGCUGAGCCGGAGCACGGAGGGCCGGGGCGGCCCCCUCGCCACCCAGCUGGACCGGCUGGCCAAGUGCAUGGUGGAGGACCUCUGCACGGUGCGGUUCCGCCUGCUGCACACCUACCCGGAGGAGUACGGGGCCUUCGGCGUCUACCUGUGCAGCUACCACCGGGGGCUGGCCCGGCGCCUGGCCGAGGCCGUGCAGCGCAGCCUGACCGUCCCCGAGCUCUACUUCGUCCUGGACUGGAACAGCAACACCUACCACAGGGAGGUCCUGGGCUGGGCAGAGAUCGCUUCGCUGGUGAAGGCGCAGGCGCUCGGCCCGCUGCUGUCCCCCGAGACCCAGCUGAGCCUGGAGGAGGACUGCAUCGCGGCAGUGAAGGCCAAGAUCACUGAGGACAUGAUGCAGGAGCUGCUGCGGGAGGAAGAGCAGUGGGCCCGCGAAGGGGAGGGCAACAGCUUCCAGUUCGGGCUGUCCGGCAAAGUCGUCAUGGUGCUGAAGGCGCAUGCCGACAGGGCGCCCCAGAUCACGGAGGACUUUGGGCGCAGGAUGGCCCACUGCUGCCUGACCUGCCUGGCCGACUUCCUGCAGAGCUUUCAGAGGAAGGUGGAAAGGUUCCACGAGGCGCAGGCCGAGGGCGGCCUCUCCGGCGACGGCUACAUGGGCCGCACCAUCUCGCUGGUCAACUGCUGCCCCGCUUUCAGGGACUACGUGCAGCACCUGGCGGGCUUCGGCCACCCCGAGAGCGAGGCGGCGAGGAGCCAGGCAGAGUGCUCCCUCGACAGAGUGACUCGCCUCUGCAACCACGUGUUGGCCGAGCACCUUUUCCAAAACCUCAAGCCCUACUUCCACAAACUGAUGAAGCGGAAGUGGCUCAGCAACUCCGAGGCCUUCCCCACCAUCAUGGCCCUCCUUGCGGAGCACGCCCAGAAGAUGAAGAAGAUGAAGCAGGAGCCGCACCUGAUGCUGGUGACGGCCGUGCACCGCCAGGUGCUGAUCGAGUACGUGCGCCCCCUGAUGCGCGUCCGGAUCAUCUGCACCUCCGCCAAGAUGCGGAGCAAGGUGGCCGGGCGGCUGCGCAGCGAAGCGAAGCAGCUGCAGGAGUUCUUCGCCCAGCUGGGAUCCACCUCGUCCUGGCUGGACUCGGCCGUGCCGCACCUGGCCAGCAUCAUCGGGCUGGAGGACAUGCCCGCCGUCCAGGUGGAAGUGGGGUUCCUCGCGCAGGAGUUUCCCGACGUGCAGAAGAACCACGUGGCCGCCAUCCUCAACGUCCGUGGCCUCCAGAACCAAGCCCAGCGGCAGGACAUCCUGGCGGUCCUGGACGUGCAGCCGGCGGCACGCGAGGCGGCCCUGUGCCAGGACCGGGCCUUCUUCGCCGAGAUCCCCACCAGCGAGGUCUUCUGCAUCCGCGUCCAGGUGCACCGCCUCUCACAGGCGGGCCUCUCCUGCAUCUCCUGGCUGCAGCAGAGGCCGCGGCGGCGACGGAGGCAGCGCCCCGCGGGUGGCGAGUGGCAAGGGUGAGGAGGCGCUCGCGCCACGCGCCCCGGGCGGUCGCCGCUUCGGGGGCCCCGCAGCCCGGCCUGGGCCCCCACCUCCGCCUCCGAAGAUGCCGCGGCCACAGGCCAGAGCACCGCCGUGGGGAGCGCACAGACGCGGACGUGGACGCGGGCAGAGGAGCACGCCACCCUUUCCGCCUGCUCAGAGAAGGCAUCGCGGCCGCCCCCAUGGACCCAGGACUGGCGAGCCGCUUGGCGGGAGCAAGUGGGUGCCCCGCCAUCGUUUAAGCAACGGGGACUGCUGCCCCGUGCCCUCGGGGAGCCUGCGUGCGGGGGGACCGGCAGGGCCAGGGCAGGCCUCACCUGGCCGGAGGUGGUUACUCCUGAUCUGCACAACAAAGUAAAAU